UUCAACUGCCUGUAAAACGAAAAAAAGAAAAAAAGAAAAAAAUCUAACGUGUAAAAUAGCUUCGGGCGGAUUUUAAGGGAGAGGGCGGAGGAAUGUCCUGUACAAAAUCCAUACUCUCAACGCCCCCAUCCUCUCACUCUCUGAAAUUUAUAGGGUUCGUCUCUCGCUCUCUCUUCCAUCUAACACGGGAUGCGCUUAGGCGUUUUGGGCGCUUUAGGGGCAGGUGUGCCUAGCGCCUUAACUACACAGGAUGGGACCCAAUUGGACAAAUGAAGACCCCUGUACACUGUACAUAGCCUCAGGGUUUCACUAUCAGAAUAUGAGAUUCUGCUUUCCUAUAUUUAGGUUGUGGAGGAAGAAUGUCUUGUGUUUACUCUUAUUCAUGAAUAAUUUUGACAGUGCCAGACCAUGUAUCUGAGAUGAGCUAUGGCAGAUGGUGAAAGGCUUAGUGAAAAGGUGCUUCCGAAUGGAGACAUCUAUGUUGGUAACUUUGAUGGAUUGCUUCCAUGUGGCAUGGGGAAAUAUACAUGGUCAGAUGGAACAAUCUAUGAAGGUAACUGGGAGAAAGGCAAAAUGACCGGAAGAGGGCGGAUGUGUUGGCCAUCAGGGGCAAUAUACGAAGGUGACUUCUCUGGAGGCUACCUUCAUGGUAGUGGCACUUUUGUCGGACUUGAUGGCUCUAUUUACAAAGGGGCCUGGCGGAUGAAUAUACAACAUGGACUGGGAAGAAAAGAUUAUUGUAAUUCUGAUAGUUAUGAGGGUUCUUGGAAAGAAGGGGUACAGGAAGGCAUUGGUAGAUAUAUGUGGGGUACUGGAAAUACAUAUAUCGGGAACUGGAAAGCAGGGAAGAUGUGUGGAAGGGGAGUCAUGAAAUGGGCAAAUGGUGAUUUGUUUGAUGGUCUUUGGUUGGAUGGACUGAAACAUGGGUCUGGUUUAUAUAAGUUUGCUGAUGGGGGGCACUAUAUUGGGAUAUGGAGUAAGGGGCUAAAGGAUGGACAAGGAACAUUUUAUCCUGCUGGAAGCAACCUUCCUUAUCUAACAAAGUGGUAUGACUCAAUUGGAUAUUAUGAUGGCAAACAAAGUGUUCUGCGUCAUUCUGCAUCAUCAAAUUUGGAAGAAUUCGGGACUCGGAAACUGAGUAUUAAAAGAACCAUUUCUGAGAGAUGGUCCUUACGUGGUCUUUUCAGAAAUUCUGGCCGAAUAUCACAUAGGGCUUUAUCAUUGGAUGCAGAUUGGAGCUUUGGUGAUUCUGUUCGCGAGAUGCCGUUGCAUGACAGUGGUCAUAUGUUGUCAUGUUCUUCAUACAAAGAUGAACAAGAGGCACAGGAUGGCAGCAUUCAUGCAUAUGAAAGAGAAUACAUGCAAGGAAUCUUGAUCUCGGAGAGGAUUCUGGAUAGUGUGCAAUCCGUGCCACACAAAAAUAAACAACGUCGUAAACAGAAAUCAAAAGAAGCAAAGAAACUAGGUGAAACCAUUAGGAAAGGCCAUAGGAGUUACUAUUUGAUGCUCAGUCUGCAACUUGGUAUCAGGUACACUGUUGGAAAGAUCACACCUGUCCCUAUGCGUGAAGUUCGAUCUUCUGAUUUUGGACCUCGAGCUAGAAUACGGAUGUACUUUCCCAAAAAAGGUUCCCAGUAUACGCCUCCUCACUACUCUAUUGGUUUCUAUUGGAAGGAUUACUGCCCAAUGGUUUUCAGGAAUCUGAGAGAAAUGUUCAAGAUAGAUGCUGCAGAUUACAUGAUGUCCAUAUGUGGUUGUGAUGGUUUGAGAGAGCUUUCUUCCCCAGGGAAAAGUGGCAGCAUAUUCUAUCUCUCACAAGACGAAAGAUUUGUGAUAAAGACUUUGAGAAAAUCUGAACUUAAGAUUCUAUUGAAGAUGCUUCCUAACUAUUACAAUCAUGUGGGCACCUAUGACAAUACCCUGAUAACAAAAUUUUUUGGGCUUCAUCGAAUAAUGCUGAGAGGUGGACGAAAGGUCCGUUUUGUAGUGAUGGGAAAUAUGUUCUGCACAGAACUGCGAAUCCACCGUCGUUAUGAUUUAAAAGGAUCAUCUCAAGGAAGAUCUACAAACAAGUGUAAAAUUGACGAGUGCACCACAUUGAAAGAUCUUGAUUUGUCAUAUGUAUUUCAUUUGGAAAAAUCCUGGCGUGAUUCCCUUUUCAAACAAAUCUCUCUGGAUUGUAUGUUUCUAGAAUCACAGUGCAUAAUUGAUUAUAGCCUGUUGCUGGGACUACAUUUUAGAGCUCCUGAACAUUUGAAGACCCUUGUAGAGCCUCAAGAUACACCGCAAGAUCUUUCCAUUUCACCAGCCGAUGAUGAUGCAUCCGUACAAGGUGAGCUUCUGAUUCCUCCAAAGGGUCUGUUGUUGGUCGCCCACGAACCAGGCUCUGUCAGUGCCUUGCCAGGUUCUCACAUUAGAGGUAGCACGUUGAGAGCAUCAGCUGCAGGUGAUGAAGAAGUCGACCUUCUUCUGCCGGGUACUGGAAGGUUGCGGGUGCAACUAGGAGUAAACAUGCCCGCUCAAGCUAAUCGAAAGCUUCCACUCAAUGGUGCGGAAUCGAAUGAGGUUGAUCUCUUUGAAGUCUAUGAUGUUGUUCUUUAUCUUGGCAUCAUCGACAUAUUGCAGGAAUACAACAUGACUAAGAAAAUCGAGCAUGCUUACAAGUCACUGCAGUUCGAUCCUCUCACGAUAUCUGCUGUUGAACCUAAAAUGUAUUCGAGGCGAUUCAUCAAUUUCUUGGAGAAAGUUUUUCCCGAGGAAAUUUGAAGGAAAUAGCAUGUAAGUCUCUUGUAUCACAACUCAAUUGUUGAAUUCUUUUUGGAUGUAAGCUUCAUGACUUGCUUGGAAAAAAAAUAAAAAUAAGAAGAAAAGAACGCAUUCUUUGGUAGUCCUUGUAAACAUAUGUUUACCUGAAAACUUUCUUACUGUAUUCUAAUCAAAGAGAAUAGCAAUCAUUUUUUCAAA